CCGAAUGGUCUUUUUGACACUUAAUUUUACAACUCAGCAUUUUUCUUUUACUCGUUACUGCAAUACUGUCGUUCAUCUUGUUUCCCAAAGCAUCAGCUUUUCCCAUCUACUACAGUAAUAACUAUAAAAAUGGACACAGAAUCUAUUUUAUUUGGCAUCCGUAAUCUGUUUGCAGUCGGAAAUUAUCAAACUGUCAUUAACGAAGUCAGUUCCACCAACGGACUCAUUACACCUGAGGCCAAAUUAGAAGCCAAAGCUUUCUUAUAUCGUUCCUACGUAGCUCAAGGCAAAUACAAUCUUGUUAUCAAUGACAUCAAAAACGACGAUGAAGCACCAUUACAAGCUAUCAAGUUAUUGUCUCAAUAUAUGGCUGACAAACAAAGAAACAACAACGUGGAUGCUGAAGGCUAUUUACAGAAAGCUAAUGCCUUGUUAGAAGAAGGUGCCAAUCGCAUCAAUUCAACUGUUCAAGUUACGUUAGCCACUCUGAUGGUACAGGCUGGGAAAUAUGAGGAGGCUUUGAGAACACUUCACUCACGUCAAAAGAAAUUAGAAUGCUCUGCUUUGGCAACUCAGAUCUAUCUUUUGAUGGAUCGUUUAGACUUGGCAAGAAACGAAGUAGCCAGUUGCAAAUCUUGGGCAGAAGAUGCGUUAUUACUGCAAAUGAUGGAAGCUUGGGUUGAUUUACGUGUUGGCGGUGAGAAGUAUCAAGAAGCAUUUUAUAUCUAUGAAGAGUUUGGCCAAUCAUCUUCUUCUCAGACUGUCAAUGUAUUGAACGGACAAGCAGCUGCCAACCUUGCAUUAGGAAGAUAUCCCGAAGCAGAGAGUUUAUUAUUAGAGGCUCAAAAUAAGGACUCUGAUAAUCCGGAUACACUCAUCAAUUUGAUUGCAUGCGCCACUUUAUCAGGAAAACCUCAAGAAGUUGUUAACCGUUAUGUUAGUCAAUUGAGAGAAUGUGCUCCUAAUCAUUCUUAUUUACAAGACCUUGAUAUGAAGUCCAGCUUAUUUGAUCAUUGUGCAUCUCGUUAUUCUUUAGUAGAUACAGCUUGAUUACAUUAAUAAAUUGCCAUAUGCACUAUUUGAAACGUACAAGUAUCUUAAAAGUUGUAUUCUUGAUUUGAUUGGCUGCCUGUAC